UUCCUGUUUCUUUCGAUCUCAACCUCCAAUAUUCAAUUCUCCGCGAGGAAGAAUUUUGUAGGGUUUUACGGUUCGUUUCGAGUCUGAAAGAAGUGCCAAUGAGUGAAGAAUCAGCUCUAAAAAUGGCUUCCCGUUGUCAGUUUUGGCUUCCGAAGAAGAACAGAUUCUGCGCAAAUGCUCCCAUCAACGAUUCCAAGUUUUGUGGCAAUCACAGCUCCAGAGCUGAUGGACAAUGGGUUCCGUGUCCCGUAGACCCGUCUCAUUCUGUGCUUCGGGAAAAUCUCGAAUGGCAUGUAAAGAGGUGUCCAUUAUUGAAACAAGCACAAUCCUUGGCUACCCAGCCCUUCUAUCAAAAGGGCAUCAAUGCUGGGGAGGAAGAUUCAAUAUCGUCAAAUGAACAGGCUUCUGAUUUUUCAGAUAGCUUUUCCUCUGAAAUGAAGAGGAAUAUCGUUUAUGGAAUGUCUGGAGCCGAAUUUCAUCGGCUUCUUGGGAAGAUUAGGGCUCUUCAUGGCUUGAUAUGCAAGGAUAUUCAAGACUCUUGUAGGAUAAAGGAAGCUUGCAGUAUGUGGAUUAAAGGGGAAAUAGAUAGGAAAAUUCCAUUUCAAGAAAAACAUGUUCUGCAGCAGGCGUCGAUUCUCGGAAACUUGGAGGAAUUUGGAGUGCUGAGGAAUUGCGAUGGAGGGGAACAAUGUGACAGUAACGGAUCAUAUGGCAAUGAUACUAAUGUUCCCCCAGCGGUGGUUGAGUUUGGAGCAGGAAGAGGCUACUUGACUCAAAUUCUGGCAGAUUGUUAUGGUAUCAAAAGGGUGUUUCUGGUUGAGCGGAAAUCAUACAAACUGAAGGCUGAUCGAUCAUUGCGGCAGAAAGAGAGCUUGGUUUUAGAGCGUUUGAGAAUUGACAUCGAGGAUCUAAACCUGAAUGCUGUUGAAUCUUUACGGCAUAUUCCUUACUUGGCUAUUGGUAAACACCUCUGUGGACCUGCAACAGAUUUGGYUCUCAGAUGUUGCCUUGCCGAACAAUCUAAUAACGUCCAUACUGAACAGCAUGGAGAUAGGCCAAAAUUGAAAGGCUUGGCUAUAGCAACAUGUUGUCAUCACCUUUGUCAAUGGAAGCAUUACACAAAUAAGAGAUAUUUAUUAGAACUGGGAAUCACAAAAGAAGAAUUCCUUGCUAUUACAUGGUUCACUAGUUGGGCAGUGGAUGCUAAUCAUAGUGAAGAUAUUUCAGAUGUUACCAACCCACAAUCGUAUCUUCAACCUAGUGAAAAGGAAGACGGUGGAACGAACGGAAGCACGGUAGAAGACGUUGUAAGAAAUAUGAAUGCAGUAGAAAGGGCAGUCUUGGGGUUUAUGUGCAAGGAGAUUAUUGAUAUGGGAAGACAAAUGUGGCUCAAGGAAUGUGGGUUGGAAACACAGCUUGUCAAGUAUGUCCCAUCUAGCAUCUCCCCUGAAAACCAUUUAUUAAUUGCUAAAUGCAGAAAUAAUUGUGCUACUUAGAUGCUGUAAUUGGAAAAUUUUCAUGGUUUAUUAUGAGACAGCAUAUAUUCAUGAUUUAUUCUUGAACGUUCUUUUUCCA